AUGGACAUGCUUACUAAAAAUAACGCCAGAGACGAGAUAUUGAACAACGCAAAACGAAGCAGCGAAGAGGCGGGUCUUAUUGAAAGUCGUCAGGAAGCUAAAAAAUCUGUUAAAAAUAAAUCUUCCACGGCCGGCAACGACAUCAUUAAUUAUCUAAGAAAAACGGAUAGUUAUCGAAAAUCGGUUGGUCUUGAUCAAGUUGUAGAUGAUGAUGAUGCGGUUGUGGCCCCGGAAAAUAAUCCCGCCCCAGUGACAGCCGGCGCGUCGGGUGCGGGUCAUAAACCCGGUACAGUUGCUGCAUCGGCAGCAAAAAUAGAGGAACAUUUACGAAAACACAAUGUAAAACCGGUACCCCACGGUAUUAAAUACGGCGACAAUGAUUUGAAUAUAUCCUAUCAAGAUAUGUUGGAAGAUUUAACGCGAAACUACGUGCAAACUCAACCCAAUUUAAACGACAAUAACCGUCGUCGAGUGUUACUAUUAUUAAAAAGAACAAAUAUGCCGAUUUCAUAUAUUCGAAAUAGAGCAAUUAAAGAACAGUACAAACAAAUGUUGAAUCAAAGCAAACAGCCUAGCAAACCGCAACCUACAUCCAUUCCUACUCCCAAAACAGGUUCUGGUAAAACAAGAAAAAAAAGACAGUAUCUUUCAGAUUAA